GGGUCACCAGGUACAACAGCGGGCACCGGGUCAUCAGACAUUGGAUCGUCUUGCUCGACCGCGGGCACCAGGUCAUCUGGCUCAACAGUGGGCAUCGGGUCACCAGGCACGACAACGGGCAUCGGGUCACCAGGCAUCAGGUCAUCUGGCUCGACAGCGGGCACCGAGUCAUCUGGCAAGGCAGUGGGCACCGAGUCACCAGGCAUGACAGCUGGCUCUGAGUCAACUGGCACGACAGCGGGCAUCGGGUCACCAGGCAUUGGAUCGUCUGGCUCGACAGCGGGCAUCGAGUCAUCAGGCACGACAGCGGGCAUCGGGUCACCAGGCAUGACAGCGGGCACUGGGUCAUCAGACAUUGGAUCGUCUGGCAAGACUGCUGGC